CCCGUCGCGCUUUUUGCAUCGAAAAGAUCAAGAAAUUUCUUGUCAUUGGCUGUGUGGUAUAUCCCGCGCUGGCCCUACACCGCGCAUACGUUUUGCGACAGAUCAGGCAGGCUUUGGGGGAAAGAGAGACUACGACGAAGAAGAUGGGAAACGUGGACGAGCGUCGAGAGUCAUGAGAAGUGGGUUUCUGAUAGCAGCUCUGAAGCGACGCUCUGUUGUAUUCAUGUCGCAUUACCGGGUCUGUUUGGCGGUGUUUAUGCAGGUCAUCGUAGUACAGAUCGAACCAAAGCUGGCCAAGACAGGGUUGUCUGCAGGUGGCUGUGCCACAUAGAUAGCUGAUCUGCAUGGAUACAAUGUAUUUUGGCCAGUAGACCACACUAGAUAGUCUUUCUAACUCUGGUCGAGUCGACUCUGGUCAGCCUCAAUAAAACAUUGUGAUCCUUCGCACCUUGAGUCUCAUUGACAAUAUGCUGUCGCUAAACUGCAGCAAAAUCGGCACAGUGCGGCCAAGCAUUUUUGGCCCGUUGAGCAGCUUUCGUGUCACACACAGACAGGUUCACACCAACAACGACAUUCGAGCAACCAUACUGUCCAGUCAUCCGGAGCUCGUCGAAGAGUCGAGCAGGAAAAGAAUCCUAGAGCAGUACAUCAGCGAAUGUGCCCGCCUGGGUAUCAGACAAAACAUCGAGAUCGGCAAGAUAAGACUUCCACGAUCUAAACCAGAGCGAUUCGUUCAUCUGAAAGCAAAGGCGAUAGCCGCUAGCCUUCUUGCUCAGGAGAAGUCCGGCCAGCUACUGAGACAAUACCAAGCGUGCAAGAGCUGGAUCGAAAAGAACACGCCAGAUGUCGAAAAGCUGUAUGCGGCCGAGAAACGUGCGGUCCUACAGCGCUUUCCCAGUCUUGUGGCUUCCCCUGUGCGUGAACACGUUUUGAAGCAGUACGACGCCGAGUCAGCCAGACUCUUCGAGCAGAGCGAAGGACCAGAUGACCAACCAAGAAAAUUCGUUGACGGUACAUGGUUCGCAGAGAGGCAAAAGUUUGCGGAAUUGGAGUUGCAAUGUGUGGCCGUACAUCUCCUCGAGGAUGGCGUGCCUUCGAAGAGUGAGCUCGAGGAGUGGACGAAUGAUUUCGACUCGUCUCUGAAGGCCUUGAAAGAUCUAUCGGUUCUUCCAAUCGAAGUCGAAAGGGAAGAGGCACUGAGAAGAUAUCCUGAUCUCGAAGACCCGGAAGUACGACGUGCCAUCAUUGAAGAUACAACCCGAGCUUUCGAGAUGGCGAGAACGGCACAGUCGAAGAAGAAAUCUGUACCGUCAGCGAUCCACAAGAACUGCUUGGAGAUGUUUUUGAAGGCACUGGAUGCACAGGCACUGUCCCCUGAUGGCGAUGAUGCAAAGCGCAUGAAGCUUAGACAACAACACCGAGUGGAAGCUCUAGCGGAUUUGGCCGAGCUUAAGGCUUCUAAGAAAGGCGGGUGGUGGAUUCUUCCUAACCCACUCGCGAUCAUGGAUCGGAUUCCAAUUUGAUGUUAUCUAUAAG